UUGACCCGAGAUCUGAAAAAGGUGCAAAAUGGUGGUCUCAUUUCCGGCUCUCCUGCGACCCUUCCGACUCUGUCGAUGGGAACCGACACCCUGGGCGCGGUUGGCAGGGCCUACAAAGCUGAGGACCGGUGACCCAAACUCUUGGGCCCCUGUCAGGAUGGCGGUGACAGUGACGCUGGAGCCCGCGGGCCGCUGCCGCUGGGACGAGCCGGUGCGCAUCGCCGUGCGCGGCCUGGCACCGGAGCAGCCCGUCACGCUGCGCGCGUCCCUGCGCGACGAGAAGGACGCGCUCUUCCGAGCCCAUGCGCGCUACUGCGCCGACGCCCACGGCCAGCUGGACCUCGAGCGCGCGCCCGCGCUGGGCGGCAGCUUCACGGGCCUCGAGCCCAUGGGGCUCCUCUGGGCUCUGGAGCCCGAGAAGCCCUUGCUGCGGCUGGUGAAGCGGGACGUGCAGACGCCCUUCGCCGUGGAGCUGGAGGUGCUCGAUGGCCACGACCCGGAGACCGGAGGGCUCCUGGGCCGGGCGGUGCACGAGCGCGACUUCCUGGCGCCGGGGGUGCGACGCGAGCCCGUGCGCGUGGGCCGGGUGCGCGCCACGCUCUUCCUGCCGCCAGGCACAGGACCAUUCCCUGGAAUCCUUGAUCUUUUUGGAAGUGGUGGUGGCCUUUGUGAAUACAGGGCCAGCCUCCUGGCUGGACAUGGUUUUGCUGUGCUUGCUCUGGCUUAUUUCAGAUUUGAAGACCUCCCUGAAUAUUUGAAUAACGUGUGCCUGGAGUACUUUGAAGAAGCUGUGGACUUCAUGCUGCAGCAUCCAAAGGUGAAAGGCCCUAGUGUUGGGCUUCUUGGCUUCUCCAAAGGAGGUGACCUGUGUCUCUCAAUGGCCUCUUUCUUGAAGGGCAUCACAGCUACUGUAGUUAUUAAUGCCUGUGUGGCCAACACAAUAGUUCCUCUGCAUUACAAGGAUAUGAUUAUUCCUAAUCUCAGCAGUGACCCAGGAAAAUAUAAAAUCACUGAGUCAGGCGUUUUGAAUUUGGUGGAUAUUUGGAACGACCCAUUGGAGAAACCCAACCACCGAAGUCUUAUUCCAUUGGAAAAGGCCCAGGGACCCUUCCUAUUUAUCGUUGGCAUGGAUGAUCAUAACUGGAAGAGUGAAUUCUAUGCUCAGAUAGCCUCUGAACGGUUACAAGCCCAUGGGAAAGACAGACCCCAGAUAAUCUACUACCCAGGAACUGGCCAUUGUAUUGAUCCGCCUUAUUUUCCUCUUUGUAGCGCCUCUGUGCAUGCAGUUUUUGACCAACCAAUAUUCUAUGGAGGUGAGCCAAAGGCUCACGCAAGGGCACAGGCAGAUGCCUGGCAACAAAUCCAAACUUUCUUCCAUAAACACCUCAAUGGUAAAAAAUCUGUCAAGCCCAGCAUAUUGUAACAUUGUAAUCAUAGACCAUAUACUGUUAAUAAAAAUCCUAGUCAUACAACAUGUAUUAGGUUUUCCAGAGAACCUAGGAACCUUUUUGUAACAAAGCAACCAUCUCAGCUUCCUUGUCAGGUCCUACUGGAUUCUGAGCCUUAGCAACACUACUCUCUUCACUGCUGGGUCCAUCCCUUUCUCCCCUGAACUUUUCCCAAUGUAUAGGCUUAACUCUGAUCUUAUCUGUAGGACCAAUCUUAACCUUAAGCAGGAAAAAUGUAAGAAGUGCCUGCCCAAGUCUCAACUGCUGGCCUAGAUUUGGCCUUGUGUUCUGGUUCUGAGGACUGAGGUUUUGUACUGCUAAGAGUCCCAUAUACUCUUUGGGUCCUGACUGACCAUGUCUGAACCUGGGAAACCUGCACGCUUGAGCCCCUUAAGGACUGGACUCUGCUUCAUUCUUGUUUCUGAACCCCACUCUGAAGAUUGGGGGCAUUGACAUACUUAGUAUCCUAAGCUUUGCUUUUAUUUUAUGAAUG